AUGUCAUUGUCGACGCUGAGGCAACGCAGGUUGAAGACUCUCGCGCUUGCAAAAAAGCACGAGCUGAUAGUGGCUGUUGAAGCCGGCGCAAAAUCGAAAGGAGAGAUCGCCGCGGACUUCCGGAUACCAAAGACUGUUGAGCACCACAUCAUCAGGCAUUUAGCUGAAGCAAAGCAAAACACCAAGGAGGUUUUCUCCACACUCAAGGACAUCCAAAGAACUCAGCUGGACAUUUUCCAUAGGCUGAGCCAGCUUGUGGGACGACACAACGACAGUGAGGAACCGCUUAACACGGAUGACUUGAAAAUUCCUUUGAGGACAAUGGAAGAUUUUAACGACCUAGAGGACCUUCUAGGAGAAAAAACAAGGCGUGAGGCACUGAAACGCUACUUGGCUGGUUACGGUGGGGCUGGCCUUGAUGCUGCAACGAGGGCCAUCAUGUCGAGGGUUCUACAUCCAACACUACAGCUGAAAUUCAAUAUGCAUGGGAAGAAAGGCAACAAGGUUGCAUUUAAAGGAACCAGCCUUUGUGGUGUUGUAGUUGGUGCAAUCAUGCAGAGGGCACCAGGUGUAGAAACAUUGACCGUGCAGAAGACAGUGGGGCGGUUCCUGGCCGGUGCAGCGGACAGGGACGGCGGGCGGCGAAGGCGAAAGAGCGUACUUGGAGUCGCAGACGAAAAUGCGCCGUAUGAUCAAAUCACCUUGUAAUCAUAUCACCCUGUAAUCAAAUAAA